AUGCCCCUCCAUAGCACAUUCAUCCAGGGUAACAGCAUUAUGCUGAACAUGGCCGAUGAUUCGCGAUCUCCCGUUGGUGCACAUAAUGGCGACUUCAUCUUUCAGCAUCGCCUGUUCAUGGGGUUGUACUGGGGCAACUUGCACAUUAUUGUGAAGCAAUAUCAAACAGAGGCCGAGAUCGAGCUCGAGCACACCGCUCUCACGCAGAGGGCAUACCAGGGCGAGUCCAUUGCGAGCCCAUUCCGCUACAGGUUCGCUGUCGCAGAGCACCUCACGUAUAUGCUACCAGAGCCAGCAAAUGUCAGCUUGCUUUGUCAAGCAUAUCCCAACCAACUCUUCUGCAUCAAGCCUCGGGUUGUCGACACCCCCAAUCGGGUCUCCAUCCCCAUCACGCUUAUCAAUCGCAACGAGCUGGAUACCGACAACGAGGUGGAUAUCGACAUCGAGCUGGAUAUUGACGAGAUGGCCCCCUCUCUUGUACCUGCCGAGUCCAUGUUGUUCGACAACAGCGACGACAACAACAUCAAAUAUGUCGGCUCAAGUAGCCCCGAUCUCCCUCCCUUCGCCGUGCUCAUCGACCAAAUCAUGCGCGAGAGGAGGGAGCAGAACACGAUCGUCAUCGAUGGGUCGGACGACGAUCUUGAGCUCAAUGCGCGCCCUGCUAAAUGGCCCCGAGGAUCUACAUCUGAUGAUAUCAAGGAUAAUCGGGCCACGGUGGAUGCACAUCAAUUUGAUGUUUUUGCAUCUACUACACCAUGUCAGUUGUCGCUUCCUCCCCCCAACCAGCUCGUUCUCGCUGCUAGGAACAUCUUGCGUACCAAAUUUGGACGCGUUCUCGAGCCUAUCCCCGAGACGUCCGAUGUCGACUGA